UGUACUUAAAAGCAGCAAUUGCCGUUCAACAAAGAUAAGAUCAAAUCAAGUAUUUUCGGUAUUUGACGUAACUCGUUGCCUAAACGUGACGGUUUUAUCUCCGUACAUGUUUAUUGUGUAGAUUUGAGGAACACGUGUUGAAUUUAAAUCAUGAAUAAAUCUGAGUAACCGGUAGUGACCUUGUGAACGUGAACGAGCUCGUGCUUGCGGAGGCUGCAGAGGAAGAUUCACGUCAGUUCGGAAAACAAGUCGAAGUUACAGUGUGUAUCCGCCAGGAUGUCGGACAGCGAGGCGAUCCACAAAAUGUUGCGGUCUGUUCUUCAGUCCAGCAAGGGUGGUGUGUCCAUCAACAGUCUCCAGUCAGAGUACCGGUCACUGUGUGGACAGAACAUCCCGCUGAAGAAGCUGGGCUUCUCUGAACUGGAGGACUUCCUCAGAAGUAUCCCCUCUGUGGUCCAGUUGGAGUACCGCAUGGGUGAGCUGAAAUGCUUUGCCACAGUGUGUAGAGAAACGGCCCACAUUGCUGAGCUGGUGGCCAGGCAGAGGAGCUCCAAGAAAUCCGGCCGCUCCCAAGUCGUCAACUGCAAGAUGAGAUUCAAACCCUCCAACCCCCUCAUGCUCAAUUUGAGGCCGAGGUCCUCCCUCCGCCAGCCCUCAGCUGGUGGUGCUUCCAACUGGACAUCAAGUCGUUCUCGGGGUCACGGUGGCUUCAGAGGCUGCAGUGCAUCAGGAGACUACAGGCAGCGGGACCAAAGGUUAAGCUACAUCACUCCUGUCGAACACAGACAACCUGCUCCUCAACCAGCUGUGAGACAGUGUGUCCUGCCUGACAGGAAAGAGACCAGCUUUGCAAACUGCCAGAAACCUGAAGAGAAGCCCCCUGAACAAGCUUCCAGACCAAAUCUAUCCAAGUCCAGCCUGUAUGACGUGCGGCUGAUGCAGAGCAGAAUAACUCACCUUCUGAAGAAGUACUGCAGUGGACUGUGGAUGUCAAAGAUAUCAGAGGUCUACAGUAAAAUGUUCAGUCAGAGUCUUCACCCUCAGGUGCUCAAAGACCUGGAGAAGUGGACACACAUCUGUAUGGUGGAGCAAACAUCCUGUAAUAACCGAGCUGACAGGCUGGUCUACCCCCCUCUGCUUCAAACGCUCUCUGUUGUCCCUCGAAGUACCGCCAACAACACCCCUCUAACAUCUCCCACUAACUCAGAAGCCAGCACCACACGAAAUUCUCCAUGUCCCUCAACACCUGAAGAACCCACCUCUUGCUCCAAAAGCCCUUUAGUUCAGCCCACCUUCAUUUUUCCUCCCCAACCUGCUGCUGCCUCUUCAGGCAAGCAGCUCUCCUCUGUCACGUUGCGUAGCCCUGUCCACAACCCAGCUCUUGCUCCCCAAAUACCCCCACGUGCCAGUCGUGCAGCCAAAGAAUGUAAAGAUAAUCACAAUAUAAGAACUACCCAGAAGAAAAACACUCCACCUGGUCAUGACAUUUUACCCCUUUCGAAGCUCACCUUGUCCUCUACCUCUGAUUCUGCCCCUUUCUCAACAACUUCUGCUGACACUGUGUCGGCCGAAGUGCGUCAGAGAAUAAAGGAGCUUCUGACCAAGUACAGCCAAGGUUUGUGGGCCCAUGCUUUGCCGAAACUGUUCAUUGAGACAUAUAAGACGCCAUUUCCUGAGAAUGUUCUGGACCACUUGCCUCUUCUCCUGGAUAUGUGCUCUGUGGAGUACCCCAUACCACACGACAAGAACAGGGCCAUCCUGUAUAUCUCAGACAGCACAGACAUGGAAGCCACAGACGGACAAGCAAGGCAGCAGUGCAGUUGUCCCUUCCCCUCUGGUCUCGAGGUCCCGAUGCCCAAGAUUACUCCCGGUCUGCCUCGUCCCUCAGAGCAGUAUCCCUCUGUGCUAGUUACUGAUGCUAAAAGCAGCAAUGCUGUCACCAUAAGGUAUGUAGGCGAGAACUACUCCAAUGCCCAGGAAGCCAUGGAGGAUGCGAUGUGCUCCUUCUACAGCCAAGGCUCCACCCACCGCCCUCUGUCUAACCCUCUUGUUGGUCAGCUGAUAGCAGUCAGGGGAGAGGGUGGAGACGAGUUGGCCAGAGCUCAGGUCACAGAGGUUAUGGCCCCUAACAAGGUCAAGGUGUAUUAUGUUGACUAUGGCUUCUCUGUGGAGACGAGUGGGAGUAAUCUGCUGGAGCUGCACCAGGAUUUCCUCUCUCUGCCCUUCCAGGCCACUAAUGUGAGACUGGCAGGUUUAGAGACUAUCAGCUCCCACCCACUUGUCCAGUCCUCCCUAGAUAAGUUGGUAGUUGGGAAGAUUCUGCUUAUGGAGACAUUGGAGCCGUGUCAGCAGAUCGAGGGGCCUUUGGUAGUGUUGUACGACACGUCCCAGGAUGAUGACAUUAACAUUAACUCCACCUGCCUCAAGAGCCUGCAGGACAAUACCAUGAACAACCCUCUGACUUUGCAAGUUACCCAACAGGACAUGUGCGUCACAAAAGUGAGUCCAGAUGGCAUCAUCUACUGCCAGCUUCCCUCCAGAGGAACAGCAAAACUUAACAAGUUACUGGAAAAAACAGAGGCCUUCUUCAUCUUCCAGAUGACGUCUGAGUCCCUGGUGUCCAGACCCUUCAGUGGAAAGUUCUGUCUUGCCAGCUACAAAGGAAAGUGGUCCAGAGUCGAGAUCACCAACAUGUACAACAACAGAGUGUUGGAGAUCCUCUUCAUUGACUUGGGGAUCCCUGCAACUGUAGAGGUGACUGCUCUCCGAGAGAUUCCCCCUCCUUUACUCAAAGACUUCACCAUCAUCCCACCGCAGGCUAUCAAAUGUCGUCUGGCUGACCUCGAAGUUCCAGAGGGCGAAUGGAGCCCAGAGGCCGUUCAGUGGAUGGAGGAGGCUGUCAUGAGCUCUGAAGACUGUAAAAUGAAGAUCAUGAAACUAGACAAGCACAAAGGGGCACUGCUGGUCUAUAUGUACCUCUUCGUCGGUGUUGACAGCCAGGAACUGCACAAGAGCAUCAACCAUGAGCUGGCUCAGUCUGAGCAGUGGCAGAAACUCACCACACAGAACAACUACACAGUCACCAGCAGUAACAAAAGCAUGGAUACAGGUCUCGAUGUUCUAGUAGAGAAGUUGACUCUGAACAGCUCAGUUCCGAGCCCUUUCGUUAAGACUUCAAACCAGCCUUGCUACGAAGCCGACUCCUCGCUCACAAAUGGAACCACCAAAAAUGGGAAGCAGCCACUUCCAUUGCCUCCUCUACUGGAGCUUCCCCAGCCUGGUCAGAACAUGGAUGUGUUUGUGCCGGUGGCCUGCCACCCCAGGUACUUUGUGCUACAGCCAUGGCAGGACCUGCAUAAGCUAACGGUUUUGAUGGGGGAGAUGAUCUUCUACUAUAACCAACACAAGACCACUACCCCCACACACAUUCAGAGAGGAGAUUUCUGUGCUGCCAGAAUAGACAAGAACUGGCACCGCGUUCAGGUGAAAGACAUUCUGGCCAACGGGUUGGUGUCUCUCUACGAGCUCGACUAUGGAAAACAUGAGCAUAUCAACAGCAAUCUCAUCAGGCCCCUGAUCGAGGAAUUCCGACAACUGCCUUUCCAGGCUGUCACUGCGCAACUGGCAGGUGUGAAGAAGCACCAGUGGUCAGAGGAGGCCUCCAUUUUAUUCAGAAACCACGUGGAGAAGAAAGCACUGGUAGCCCAGGUGGUGAGUGUGCAUGAGGGGUCAGAGGUUAAAGGCAAGCUGAGAGAGCCCCGGUUGACCGUUUAUCUUGUGGACACAACGUUGGAGGAGAAGGACCUGUGGAUUCACACCCUCAUGGUCGACAUGGACGUCGAGCUGUCUUCAGCUGCGUAAGGAGUCUCUUCAAACACGGUUGGAAAUAAAUCAGUUAUCAGACUCCGACUACAAAACUAUACUUUUUUUUUUUUAACAAGCCACUGUUUUUGAUGGUCCUAUAAUUUUCUAAAAUCUGAAAAUCCUAGGAGACUUUUAUAGCCAAGUGUUUCACCACUUUCUGGAUCUUUCUGCCAAUCAAAGAAUUACAAAGAGCCAAGGCUCUUGUGAAGAUAACACUGAGGUUUUUGUUUUGCUGAGGAAUAAUUUUCCAGACUUUAAGGACUGACAGACUUCCUUCUAGUUAAGUCACCUUUGUGUUGCAUGUUAUGUUGUGACUAUAUGACCUCAUUUAAUUAGUUUUUUUGCUGUGUGGUUCAUUUUGCACUUUGUUUUGUGUACAUAAUAAUGUGUUUUACUAAUCCAAUUCACUUGACUUAUCUGCACUUGUAAGCACAACUUAAUAACUCUUUAGUUGUUAAAACAUGAUUGGAAUUGUUCAUCUUGUGUUACUUGGCUGAAAAAAAUACUUCUACUGUUUGAAGUUGAAAAGUUGUUCACAAUGUGUUCUAAUAAACAUUCGAGCGGA